CAUAUCUCUCAUUCUUAAAACAUAUUUGUUGGACUCAAACGGUAUUGCUUGUACUACAUCGUGCAUGCAGUUUGCAUGUUAGCUGUCACAUUUCAAGGGCCAAAGAAUUUAAAACCAUAAGCACUACAGCUAUGUUAUAGUACUUUAGUCUCUUUUCACUUGUUGAGAGAAAAAAGUAUGAAUGAUAAAUGUUUUUAUCUGUUGUGGUGUAAAUCAUUUAUCAGUUGUCUGUAUGCAUCUCAGGUAAGAGACUUUGAUAAAUUCUCCAGAAACACAGUGUUAGGAGAUGUGAGGGUUCCUUUAGGACAGCUCAACAUCUCCUACCCUCUGGAACUACAAGAGGAUCUAAAGAUACCGCAGAAGGAUCUUGUUGGAGAGGUGCUUUUGUCCCUGAAAUUUCUUCCCACGUCUCAGAGGCUGGAGGUUGGCCUGCUAAAGGUCAAAACUGUCCUUUCUGAGAUAUCAAAUGCAGCCCUGUAUGCCAGGAUCAGCGUCCAGUGCAAUCAGUUCAAGCUAAAGUACCAGAAAAGCUCUACAGUGGCUCGGUGCCUGGUGACUGUUUUCAAUGAGGUCCUCUUGUUCUCCUUGCCGGAGGUUCAUCUGGAGCGGUGUAAAAUUUUGGUCUCUAUAUAUGAAACUCGCCCAACAAGCAAAUCAGCCAAACAGCUGAUCGGACAGCUGAGUGUGGGGAAGGAGAAGAGUUCAGAAGAUGAGCACUGGACUUUGAUGAUGCGCUCAGUCCGUCAGCCAGUAGCAAAGUGGCAUGGCCUACUGAUCUGAAUCACAGCAGAACCAACGCUAUCAUCAUGGAUGGUUGUAUUUGUAUGUUUUUACCCUGAAAGCAUGUGUAUCAGACUGUUCAGGCAUCUGCACUUGCCGAGGUAAAGACCAGACAUGCUUGUCCUCCUGAUCUCACAGUGACAGAAAACUUUAUUACUCUCCGUACUUACUGCUACUCAACGGUAAACAUGUGAUGCUGUUACAGUUACCGUUUGUAACAAUGCUCCACUUUCUCAAUGCCACACUAACAUUACUCUCAUUACUCAGUUUAUGAGAGGCAUUAUCGACGAACUGUUGGUUUAAAUGUUUAUUUUGGUUGCUAAAGCAGAAACUGUACUUGUUGCUAUCUACAUGUAAUUAGCGUGUACCUAGAUCAGUACGAGAGGACUCGAAAAAAUAAUGAAUGCCACAGUUAUGAUGAUUAGUUGCUUUUUUAUUUUUUAUACAAUGUGUAUCUUUUAAUCCACAAUUUAUUCUAUGAAAUGUAAUAUAUGAGACAUUAACUUCACAAUGUAGAAUGCAGUUGUUUAAAACUUCCUAUGAAUCCUUAAUAAAUUCCAUAAUUUGG